GCGCAAUGAAAUUACAAAAAAAAACUCCUCCACGUCACUUUCUAGGUUUUCUUCCUACUAAAUAUUAUUUGUGGUUUGGAAUCGUUUCAGGGUUGGAUCACGAGUAGCAACAUCCCAAGACGAAAAAAUCAUCCAAUCUCCGGUGUCAUCCAUGGCAAUCUGCCAUCUCAUAUUCCGUAUAUCAAUAGUUUACAAUAAAUCCAAAAUAGUCAACAAACAAACAUCAAUGAUGGGCUUCAGCAAAUCAACAAUCGUCCUGCUUGGGACUUGCUAUUCCGGCGCUGUAUUCUCGGCGACCGCAUUUUCUGCUGUCGAUGCUUCGUCUUCGGUGGCCUCUGCAUCCCUUGACACCAUCUGGAACGAAGUUCCGGAAGGACCACCUGAUGCCAUUUUGGGAAUUGCCCAGGCCUUCCGAGCCGCUCCAGAGGAGCACAAGGUGAAUGUAUGUGUUGGGGCGUACCGUGAUACCAAAGGGCUGCCUUGGGUACUUCCAAGUGUGCGAAAAGCCGAAGAAAUGAUGCUUCAAGACGACAAAGAAAACAAAGAAUACCUGCCAAUCGAUGGAGACCAAGCCUACGUUGAAAAGGCCCUUAAAUUCGCAUACGGUGCCAAUGCACCUCUCGAGAGAAUUGCGGGGGUCCAAACACUCAGUGGAACCGGAGCUUGCCGAAUUGGAGGCCAAUUCCUCGCCGAUUUUUACCCUAACAAGAAUAUUUAUGUUCCCGACCGUACGUACGCUUGAGUUGUACAGCGAUGCAAUGCAGCCAACGCUUCGCAAUGGUUGGAUAAUCGAGUCGAGAACUAACGAUUUUCUUUAAAUUUUCUCACUCUAAAAUACGCAAAUUUGUAAACUCGCAGCAACCUGGGGAAACCACCACAAAAUCUUCGCAGCCUGCGGUUUGAACGUCAACACAUACCGCUACUACGAUCGUUCGACGAACCGUCUCAAUUUGGAGGGAAUGCUAAAGGAUUUUGAGGACGCCCCCGAUGGUUCGAUCUUGCUGCUCCAUGCAUGUGCACACAAUCCCACCGGUUGUGAUCCUACCGACGAGCAGUGGUCGAAACUGUUGGACGUGAUCAAAGCAAAGGGACACCUGAUCUUCUUCGACAGCGCCUACCAGGGCUUCGCUUCUGGUGACGCCGAAGCCGAUGCCAAGGCGUUGCGACGCGUGGUCGACGCCGGCUUUCCAGUUCUUUUGGCGCAAUCGUUCGCGAAAAACUUUGGCUUGUACGGUGAAAGAUGCGGAACACUUAGCGUCGUGGCCAAAGAUGCCGCUCAAAAGGAUAUUUUGAUGAGCCAGUUGAAGUGCAUCAUCCGCCCAAUGUACAGCAGUCCACCCAAGCACGGGUCUUCGAUUGUCAGAACCGUCUUGUCUGAUGAAAAACUGACGGAGCAGUACUACGACGAAUGCGCUAGCAUGGCCGAACGAAUCAAUUCCAUGAGAUCUCGACUGGUCGAAACUUUGGCGGAGGUCGGUAGCASGCACGAUUGGUCCCAUGUUGCAGAACAAAUCGGUAUGUUUGCCUACACCGGAAUGAACUCGGACAUGUGCGACGAGCUCACCGAUAAGUACGCAAUCUACCUCACGCGUGACGGGCGCAUCAGUAUUGCGGGAUUGAACGACGGCAACUUGGAAUAUGUCGCCAAGGCUAUCCAUGCCGUCACAGAUGGCAAGAAAAUCACACAAUAAGCAGGCUUCACUUUAGGUCUAUAAAAAUAGAUCAAUUCU